UGACCGAGGCAUUAUUGAGUGGUGAACGAGAUGCUUCUACCCAAGGAAAGAGAAUAGUGUUACCACCGACAUUUGUUGGAGGAGCCAGAUACAUGGUUCAAAACUAUCAAGAUGCAAUGGCUAUAUGUUGAUGGGCUGGAUAUCCAGAUCUUUUCUUGACUUUUACUUGCAAUCCAAAAUGACCAGAAAUUGUUAUAUUCCUUUCUGAAAGGAAUUUGAAUCCUGAAGAUCGCCCUGAUAUAAUAUGUCGAGUCUUCAAGAUGAAGUUAGAUGGAUUGAAAAAAGAUCUCCGGCAAAACAAGAUCUUUGGUGAUGUUCGAGCAGUUGUUUACACUAUUGAGUUCCAGAAACGUGGACUCCCACAUGCCCAUAUAUUGUUCAUGGGAAAUGCAGACAAAUUUAAAGCUCCUGCAUAUAUAGAUCGCAUUAUAUCAGCCGAAAUUCCUGACGAGUCAAGUGAUCCUGAUUAUUUUAAUGCUGUAAAAAUGCAUAUGAUGCAUGGCCCGUGUGGGAGAGAUGCAAAAAACGCACCAUGCAUGGUCCAAUCUAAAUGUUCUAAGCACUUUCCAAAGAAUUUCAAUGUGCAUACUAACAUUGACGAAGAUGGUUAUCCCAAGUACAUGAGACAGGAUGAUGGGAAAGAGGUUGUGAAGACAUUAUACCACUUGACAACAGACAUGUUGUUCCACAUAAUAUGUAUUUGUUGAUGAAGUAUGGGGCUCAUCUCAAUGUCGAGUGGUGUAACCAAUCAAGGUCGAUAGGUAAUGAUCCCGUCACAACUGCAUUUUAUGAGACCACGAAUAAGGAUGGCUCAGAAAAACCCGUGGAUGAAAUUAAAUUGUACUAUGAUUGUCGAUACGUUUCACCAUGUGAGGCAAUGUGGCCAGGGGCGGACCGUAGUACAGACCCAGGGGGGCAACCGCCCCCCCCAACAAAAAAAAUUCUAGGGUAUAUAUACACGAUAAAUAAUUUUCGCCCCUCAAAAAAUAAUUUUCGCCCCCGAAAAAUAUUUUGAGCCCCCCCAAGACGGAUUUCCUGGGUCCGCCCCUGAAUGUGGCGUAUUUUAGGGUUUGAGAUACAAUCUAAGAAUCCAUCAGUUGAGCGUUUGAGCUUUCACUUUCCCGAUGAGCAAUAUGUAUAUUUUGAUGAUGAGGAUGCAAUGACAGAUGUUGUACAACGUGAAUCUGUUAAACAAAGCAUGUUUCUG